GAACAUGCAUCCUGCCUUCUUCCUGGCUACCUUUUGCCUGGGAAUAGCGUCAGCUGCUCCACAAGUCAAUCAGAGCUUAGAUGAACAAUGGUCCCAGUGGAAGGCAACACACGGGAAACUAUAUAGCAUGGAUGAAGAAGGACAGAAGAGAGCAGUGUGGGAGAGGAAUAUGCAAAUGAUUGAACAGCACAAUCUGGAACACAGCCAAGGGAAACAGCUCACAAUGGCAAUGAAUGGCUUUGGUGACAUGAUGAGUACCAGUGAAGAAUUCAAGCAGGUGUUGAAUGACCUUAAAAUCCAGAAACACAAAAAGGGGAAAGUGUUCCAAGCACCUCUCUUUGCCAAGAUCCCUUCAUCUGUGGACUGGGGAGAGAAAGGCUAUGUGACUUCCGUGAAGGAUCAGGGUGACUGUCGUUCUUGUAGGGCUUUCAGUGCAACUGGUGCCCUAGAAGGACAGAUGUUUCAGAAAACUGGCAAACUUGUUUCAUUGAGUGAGCAGAACCUGGCGGACUGCUCUUGGACUCAUGGCAAUAAGGGCUGCCAUGGUGGCCUAAUGGAUAAAGCCUUCCAGUAUAUUAAGGACAAUGGGGGACUGGACUCAGAGGAAUCCUAUCCAUAUCAUGCACGGAACGAAUCCUGCAAAUACAAGCCUGAGAAUUCUGUUGCCAACAUGACUGCCUUCUGGAGUGUCAUAAACAAGGAGGAUGGCCUAAUGACCACAGUGGCAACUGUGGGGCCUGUCUCUGCUGCUGUAGAUGCAAGCCUGAAUUCCUUCCAGUUCUAUAAAAAAGGCAUUUAUUAUGAUCCAAAGUGCAGCAAUAAACGCCUGAAUCAUGGUGUUCUGGUGGUUGGCUAUGGCUUUGAAGGAGAAGAAUCGGAUAACAAAAAAUACUGGAUUGUCAAGAACAGCUGGGGUGCAAAUUGGGGCAAACACGGCUACAUACUCAUGGCCAAGGACCGGGACAACCACUGUGGAAUCGCCACCAUGGCCAGCUUUCCUAUCGUGUGAGAUGAUGGUGUAAAGAAGACCUUGACUGGCAACAAAUUAUCCAGAAAAUGGGUUUUAUUUUCAAGCCUACCACACCCUGCUGUGUGGGGUAAAACACUUGAAUCAUUUAAAAACCAAGUUGUGAUUUGAUUGUGUGACAUUUUUCACUGUGAAUGUUACCACUUCACUCAUUACUGCUGUAAAUACUUUUGUAUGAGUGACUAGUGUAGUAACUUUUGAAUUUUCAAGUUUCUUUUAAAAAUUAUGAAAUUUUACUUUUUCAAAGUGAAACAACUACAGGGGUGCCUGGGUGGCUCCGUUGGUUGAGUGUCCAACUCUUGAUUUCAACCGAGGUCAUGAUCUCAUGGUUCGAGGAAUUGAGCCCCUCAUUGGGCUCUGUGAGCUGACAGUUUAGGAUUUUAAUUUCUUUAGAGAAGCCCACAAAUGUGGCCUAACUACCAUUAAUGUUUUCCUCCACCUUAAAAUGUUGGAACAAAAAAGAAGGACUUGAAUAGUGUAUGAUCUCUAACUAAACUUUAGUGAUAAUGAUUGAAAUAUAUGCGCUGCUGGAAUGGAGAUUUCUUCACUCUUCUGAGUCCUUUGCUCCUAAAAGAACCAAGUGUUGUAAGUACACGCACACUUGUCCAAAUUCCACCUUCUAAUUUCUGAAUCAUUUGCUUCCCUUGCAAUUUGUUUUGAUAGAAAUUACAAAGGUCUAUGGAAUGUAGGAAACACUGGUAAUUACUUUAUGAUACAUGCAAGACUUAGGGAGGAGUUUCUGCUUUAUUUAUUUCAUGUCUAUAAGCUUCUCUUAGAAGUAGGAUUUUUAAGUUUAUUUAUUUAUUUUGAAAAACAGAAAGCACAAGCAGUGGAAAACUCAGAGAACGAGGGAGAGAGAAAAUCCCAAGCAGGCCCCACACUGUCAGUGCACAGCCUGAGACUCAAUCUCAUGAACUUGAAACCAUGACCCGAGCCAAAAUCAGGAGUCUAUUUCUUAACCGACUGGGCCAUCCAAGUGCUCCUCAAAAUAGUUUUAUGAAAGAUGAUUUGUGAUUUUCCAAUUUUUAAAUAAAUAUGAAUGGCUUGUAAAUUA